AUGGGUAUACAAAAAUCACCAUCAUAUAAAGAUUUUUGGUCUAAUAAUCCUCAGCUUCAUAAUUCUUACAUAUCUCCUCUGAUGACUGUAAAUCGUUUUAGUUUUUUUUUGUCUCAUUUGCACAUAAACGAUAAUUCAAAAGUACCAAAAAAAGGUGAUCCUAACUAUGAUAAGCUAUACAAGUUGAGACCACUUUUAGAUGAGCUUUCACAAACUUUUAAACAUUGCUGGAAGCCAGGAAAAUAUCAGUCAAUUGACGAGUCAAUGAUUAAGUUCAAAGGAAGAAGUAGUAUGAAGCAAUAUAUGCCGGCAAAACCAAUCAAACGUGGCUAUAAAUGCUGGACCCGAGCCGAUGAAUCUGGAUAUAUUUGCGAAUUUCAAAUAUAUAUUGGAAAAACGGAAAGUACUGAGAAACAAUUGGGAAGCCGUGUCGUGAAAGAUCUCGUACGUGAACUAAUUGACGGCAAUCACCAGGUGUUUUUUGAUAAUUUUUUUACUGGAGUCGAACUUAUGUUGUCUUUGAAAGAAGAUAACAUUUUUGCAUGCGGUACAAUACGACCCAAUCGUUCUGGAUUACCCAAAAGUGAAAAGUCGGAGAAAAAAAUGAACGUCGGAGAGUAUGAAUUCAAAACUACAAGUACAGGUCUCAGCUGGGUGAAAUGGAUGGAUAAGAAACCGGUUCAAUUCUUAUCAAACUAUCAUGAUCCAUCUAAGGUAACUGUGGUAAAUCGUCGACAAAAAGAUGGGUCUCUAAAAGCCGUCAACAGUCCUUUAACAGUAAUUAAAAAGUCUCAACAGUGA